AUGCCUUACUCCUUCUACCAUGGCCGCACGGGUAUUGUCUUCAACGUGAACAGGAAUGCCUUGGGUGUUGAGAUCACCAAGAUUGUGGGCAAUCGCCAGCUGCGCAAGCGUAUCCAUGUGCGCAUUGAGCACGUGCGCAAGUCCCGGUGCAACGAGGCAACUGGACUUCAGUUGAAUCAAUUACACAUGUGCAGACAACAAUCUAGAAGAUAUGAUUGA